AUGGAUCCAAACGAUUACAUGAAUCCUUAUCGUCCCACCUCUAGCUAUUUGAAUCUGUUACAAAGUCAACUUGAUACCCAAAACCUCGAUUACUCUCCUUCUCUAAGUCCAUGUUCUGAAGCUCCAUCUUCACCUGCAUCCCCACAAGAAAACCGCAAGUCAAGGCAAGCAUGGUUACCAAUAGAUGAUACCAUGUUGGUCAGCGCUUGGCUCAACACUAGCAAGGAUCCGAUUACUUCCAACCAGCAAAGACUUGCAUCCUUUUGGGGGAGGAUUGCGAAAUACUUUGCAUCCUGUCCGAAUGCUGUUGGUCGGCCAAAGAGAGAGGCGAGUCACUGUAAGCAGAGGUGGGGGAGGAUAAACGACUUGGUGUGCAAGUUUGCUGGAUGUUAUGAGGCUGCGAGUAGGGAGAAGUCUAGUGGACAGAAUGAAGAUGAUGUGAUGAAGUUAGCACAUGAGAUAUACUUUAAUGAUCAUGGACAUAGGUUUACAUUGGAGCAUGCAUGGCUUGUCUUAAGGUACGAUCAAAAAUGGUGUGCCUCCACAUCUAUUAAAGCUAAUGGAGUGAAAAGGGGAAGAGCGAGUGUUGAAGCUGCGAUUGAUGUCGAUGAACCAAUGCCCCGGCCUCCUGGUGUUAAGGCUGCGAAGGGGAAGUCAAAAAAAAGCUCCAAGGCCGAACCAGAUGUGGAGGAAGAUGGUAAAACUUACUUGGAGUGUCAGUUGGAGCGUGUGUCGAGGAUGUAUGAGAUGAAGGAGAAGGACUUUGCAUUGAAAGAGAAGGAGUUUGCAUUGAAGAAUGAGCAUAUCAAGCAUGUGAUGCUUGAAAAAUCUGAUUGCUAA